UGGUACCAACCGAAUCGGAUCCAAAGGUCACCAUUUUCCUUCUCCCCAAACUUCUGCUGCAGGUCUUUCCCCUUCCUCAGCGCCGAGCACGGCUCCGUCCAGGUGUCCACCAAGAUCUAGCCAUCCUUCCUUCCCGCGUCGGCGUCCUCGUCCCCCGGCCCGCGGGGACUGGCGUGGGAUUGAUUUCUUCGUUUUCUGUCUUAUGUUUUUCUCCGGUGGCACAGUUAUUCAACUGAAGAGCAUAUUUUUGUAGCCCCAUGGCUGUGGAAAGAGAUGUCUUUGGCAUCUCAGGACCGACAUAUCUGAGUACUGUUAACUGGAACUGCGAGCACAAUCGGAGAUCCGUGGCUGCAACCUUAGUUCAGGCUGUAUAUGUGUUGGAGAGAGACCGGCAACUAAAUCGUCAGUCUGUUGAAGCCUUGGCACCUCCUUGGUGGGAAUUCUUCCAUUUUGAGCUGAUUCGCAAGCUUGUUGAUGAUGCUGACAUGUCCAUAUUUGGUGCAAUAUUUGAAUUCAAUCCUCCUUCAAGUAAAGAAGCUUCUGCUGAGAAUUCCCCAAGAUUUGUCAUUGCUUUCAGAGGCACCAUAACAGAGAAGGAUACCAUCUCUAGGGAUCUUUCUCUUGACCUCCACCUUGUUCAAAAUGGUCUCCAUAGGACCUCAAGAUUUACUAUUGCAAUGCAAGCUGUUCAAAACGUAGCCUCAGUUUUCCCUGGAUCCACGAUUUGGCUAGCUGGGCACUCACUGGGUGCAGGUAUGGCCAUCCUUACUGGAAGAAACAUGGUUAAGAAGGGUAUGCUUUUGGAAAGCUUUCUCUUCAAUCCACCCUUCGUCGCUGCUCCAAUUGAAAGGAUCAGGGAUGAAAGGGUUAAGCACGGUUUCCGCAUCGCAAGAAGCGUAAUUACUGCUGGAUUAACUAUUGCAAUGAAAGCUAAAACCGAGGGUAACAGUCAGAGAUCUGUUGCUGAAGAAUCUUUCAACAUUUUGUCAUCAUGGACGCCAUAUCUAUUCGUUAAUCCAGGGGACCAUAUCUGUUCAGAGUACAUUGGGUACUUCCAGCAUCGGAAGAACAUGGAGGAUCUUGGUGCUGGAUUUAUCGAAAAGCUUGCGACCCAGAAUUCUAUUGGAGAUCUGUUCUUCAAGGCAUUAGGGUGGGAAUCAGAACCACUGCACCUUCUUCCAUCUGCUGACUUAAUAGUCAACGUGGGCCCUUCACCAGAUUUCAAAUAUGCUCACGGCAUCAGCCAGUGGUGGCAGCCUGAGCUGAACUUGCAGUGCAGUAAAUUUCGGUACUCAUAGUUAUGCACUGCUGGAAAGGAAGAUAUCUCUUAGAACCGUAGCUAUCCUUUCAAUUCGUUCAGUUUAUUCAUGUGGUUCAUUCCAUUUACGUGGUAUUAGUUUACCAGCUGUGUUAGAUUGUUUCAGACAUACUGACUGCAUUCCCUGACCUGCAAAAUUUGUUCAUAUUGGGGAGAAAUGUUCCAACAUUCUUCAUGCAUGUCUUGUACAAUAUAUUUAUCGAAUGAUUAUUGAUCGAAUGAUCUAAAUUUCUAUACUCGA